UCUACCAGACUGACGGUCAGAUGCAGCCGACUGAUGUUCAGAUGAGGUCAAUAGAUGUUCGGAUGCAGCUGACUGAUGUUUGGACGCAGCUGUGCUCUAAGAGUCACUUCUGUCUUCUGAUAUUAGCAGUCCUCACGGUGGCCAUGUUUGCUGGACUGAUGUUCAAAGUUCUGACAGAGCAGAGUCCCAAGACUUUGGAUCAUCUGAAAAAUCCAGCAACUGAAGAGAUCUCAGGAGCCACACCCAAGCUGGACAAAUUUGAGAAAAUUUUUCGUCAACGUGCAAGAGGUCAGAUCAAGGAGGAAAACUUUGCUCUGAAGUCUUCAGGUGCCUCGGUUGUACGGUGCAGCAAGCCCUUCUUCUCAGGAGCCAAGCUAUGCAUGUGCGGUUUUUGCUGGAACUAUUCACGGUCACCUGACAUAAUUCUAAAGCUGCGUAAUACACCUGGCAAUUGCUGGGCCAUGGCUGGCCAUCAGGGCUAUGUUGUCAUCAAGCUGUCUGAAACCAUCAGCCCCACUGCCGUCAGAAUCGACCACAUUUCUAAGAAAGCGUCUGUCUUUAGAGAGACAUCCAGUGCUCUAAGGAACUUUUCCAUCUAUGGACUGAAAAAUGCUUUCCAGGAGGCAGAGGAAGGAACCUUGCUGGGGUCAUUCAUUUUUAAAACCAACACAUUUUCUGUGCAGAUGUUUCAACUGAAGAGAGCAAAGGAAGAUCGGUUUCUGUACCUGAUGCUGAUGAUUUCGAGCAACUACGGUCAUCCUAAAUAUACCUGCGUCUAUGGUGUUCGCAUCUACGGACAAAGAGCAAACUGAAGGACAGCAUAUGAAAAAGAUAAUUUUUUAUUAGCACGGGCAUGAUGCCACCCAAAAGAACCAGGCCUACCAAGCGAACCCACGGACCACACGGCUUUCCCCCCCCCCCCACUCUGCCACCUUGCGUAGACAGUCUCCACGUUGGCUGAGGGAAUUUACUGGAGGCAGAGGACAAGACAAGCCGCUUACACGGCCUCUGCAGAAACAGCCAUCGAGGAAACUAGAAGAAUCCUCAGAGUGCCCUGGCAGCUGGAAAGCGAGAGGCGGCCCACCAAGCGACGGGCUCAGCAGCAAACCAUCCAGGCAGUGGAAAAUUCAGAGGCUUGUCACAGACUCUGGGAUGCCACAUAGAACAAGUGGAGCAGCUCAGCUCCCUUCAGCAGGCCCCUGAUCUAGCCGUGCUCUGCUCAGGAUAAAAUCCAGCCCACCAGCGAGUGGGCGAGGACUGAGGCACCCUACCAGAGCCAAAAAGAAACCCCCCAUCUUCUGACUCCUGCCCCUCCAACAUCCAUGGCAGGGCCUUCCGUAAGAGGCUGGAACUAGCUCAGAAGAAGCGCUGCAAGAAACGAUCUGAGGGGAAGAAGGCACACUGCUCCAGGGAGGAUUCAAACGGCCCUCCUCUGGCUGGGAACCUGCGUGUACCUCAGAAGAUUACUGGCAGGCCACUACUCGGCCUUCUAGCUGGGGUGCUCAGGAGAAGGGCUUCCUCUGGAGAGGUGUGGGCUGGCCUGAAGUGCUUUGAGACCGCCGGCAGUCCACUGGGGGUGACCCCGUUUUCCUCACCCUUUGAGGAUAUUGAGGACCCCCACUUCCCAGAAUCCUCUUGCCACAUAAGCUCAGAAAGAUCGAUUUCCCAACCUGAGGCCAAAGAUUUCGAGCAACAGCAGCCAUCUGAAUUAUACAUAUAUAUGUGGGGUUUGCGUUUAUGAACAACGAGUGGGUAGAAUAACAUUUCCAAAGAACCGGAAGAUGCCAGUUAAUCAAGGCUAGCUUACUGGGUGGUUUUAUG